AUCCAUCAGAAUACCUCUGGCGAAACGAAGGCCAGUGUCUACAAGCGGAUCGGCGCUGUCGUUUUGCCAGAAUUCCACGAGAUCGAUCCCACGGCGACCGGAGACCGUGUAAAAGGCAAACUUGAGUCGUUGAGCGAAGGUCUCCGUGAGAGUCAGGACAGUGACAAUGGUGAUCCCACCAACGAGUUUUGCCAAUUCUACAUUGGCGCGAAUGGCCCUGAUGCUACUAGCACUGAGGAAGCGAAGAAUUUAUGGGAGGAAAUCAAGAAUGAUUUUCCGUUCUUCGCGGACCUCCACCAGAUUUUCGCAGCUCGUCCAAAUGUCACCCCAAUUGCAGUUACAACUGGGGUUGGCCCUCACGGCAAGAAGACCUUUCAUAUGCAGCCUCCGAGUGAUGACGAGGACAACACCACCUUCACAGCUUCACAAGUCAGCCAGAUCCGAACUCUCCAGGAUGCCCUGAAUCAUGCCAACACUGCUCCCCGUGCAGCCUCGCCUUCAUUCGAGUUCGUCAAUGACAAAGAAAACACUCCGUUCUUUCACGCCAUGAUGUCUUCCCAGACACCCAUUAGGACGAAGGCUCCAAAGCCGUCGUCAAUGUCUCAGGAUAGCAUCACGAAGGUGAAGGGACGUAUUCAGAAAAUCACACCGAAGCGCUCGAUCGAGGAUACACUGUUUGAAAUUCAGAGGGUGAACCUCAAUGCAAUGAAUGCUCGUGCUCGUGAAGAGUUGUUGCUCAAGAAAAGGAACUGUUUGCUAGAAGAGUUUAAGGCUGGUAUCUGGGAUGCAGCUGAGUAUUGA